AUGGAAUUAAUCAUGGCAGAGAAGCUUCAAGCCAUGAAGAAUUACAAGAAGGACCAGUUUGUCAACAAACUCAUUCUUCACUUUUUCACAGCUUUGAUUUGUACUCUGUUUUGUACCUACCCUUUUUGGUUCCCCCAAGUGAAAAUUCUUAUAAACGAUUUUGUCUUUGUUUCUAUCCCAAAUUUCAAGUCAUUCUUGUUCAACCCCAAGUGCUUGUUCAUAGUAGGCAAUGCCAUUGUUGUCAUCCUGGUCGUAGAAUCAAAGCUCGCAUCUGGUUCACACUCAUCUUCGGCCACUAACAUCUACGAUGAGUAUGUAGAGAGGAGCCAGAGUCUUCAGGGAGCUGCCUCCAAGCAUAAAGAGAAUAAAGAGGAACGAAAAGAGGACAUAGGUUUAACUCAAGAGAGUAGUAGUAGUACUGUGAACAAGAUUGAAGAAGAAGUUAAAGCUGUGGUAUACAUAGAGGAAGAAAAAAGAGAAACAGGGGGUAAAAAAGAUGCUGAUAACGAUUCUGCUGCUGCUGAUGAUAAUGAUCAUAAGGAGGAGGUGGAAGAGGAGAAAUUUGAGGAAGAAGAGCCCGGUUUACCUACCGAAGAGUUGAACAAAAGAGUUGAAGAGUUUAUUGCAAAGGUAAACAGACAAAGGCGGCUUGAAGAGAAAGGUCUAUUAGUUUAUGGUUAA